AUGGCGACCAUCACCCCAUACAAACGCGAAUUACCUUUACUUCACAGGGCCUGGAAAACUGCCAUCGAUCAUCUCUCUCCAUACAAUAUGGGGAUCAAGUUGUCUUCGACGAACGGUGACAAUGCUGUUAGCGACGACCACGUUCCGCGCGCUGCUAAGAGACGGCGCCUCACUGAUAGCUCCCCCGAGGCUAUUCUGAAUAGUGCUGUGAGUCACAUAUUACCCGAGGGUGAUGAUGACUUUGAAAAAGCUCUGCGCGUUGAAAUCCUUCAGAUCGCCCAUAAGGACAACUCUAACCCGAAAAUUAACAACUUGCUUGAUGGCACGGGGUCCCCUACCAAAAAGGAUAAUCCGACUAUUCGAGUUCGCUGCAAGUUGAGCAUCUUCCGCUGGAGGGCUACUGCCGGGGAAGUCCGUAUACUCUACUGUGAUAGCCAGUUAUGCAAUUUGAAGAUGUUUCGAGAUUCGGAUGGCAUUUGUCGCAGGGCUAGGAUCUAUUUAAAUUCACCAUUUCAUAUACCGGCGCAAAAAAUUUACGUCGAGCGAGAAGACGACAAUGGGUUCGAUUUAUCCGAUGAUUACUUGGUUCAAGCCGAAUUAGAGUCAGCGGGUGAUCCUAAUUGGCCACCCGUCGAUCUACUACCAAGGGAAGAAAUUCAUGAUAUGCCCUCGAGCCAUCCGCAGCAUUGGGUUCUAUCGUCUCGGUUUAAUUACAGAUUUGAGAAGCCCCGGGCCUCCGUACCUGUUCAGAUUAGGAAACGGGUUGGUACUGAGCCCACCACCCUCGAUUUGAUAAUGGAUAUGGAUCUUCGAUGGUCAACAUGUCAUAGAGCGGGUAGCACCACCGAAGUUGAGGCUUCCCCUCCAGAAGUCAAGCCAUCGAUCCCCAAUGGCACUUUAAAACCGUUAACAAAUGGUCACAUGAACGAGAGAGUAGACAAUGCGGAAAACGAUCCGCCGAAAGAUGAUCAGGACGUCUUGAUGGAUGACGACGAAGAUCACGAAGAGGCAGCAACUCCCAGUCGUUCAUUGAGAACGAGGGGGAAGCAAAAUUAUAACCUAAAACUCCUGAGCGACAAAGCGAGGGGCAAAGAAAGGAAGGAGCAGAAAAAACAGCGUAAGUUAGCAGAUACUAGAAACCAAGCGGGCCAGAUUACGUGGAUCCUCCCCCACACUGGCGAAAUCGCACUGAAGAAUCUUCAAUGCAUAAGAUGCUUUGCGGUUCAUUCAUCCAUGGGUCAGCUAGAAAAACACGUGAGAAUUCAUCCCGAAUUUAAGUACGAGUUUGAUUCAAGCUCUUCCCGCAUAUGGGUCUCUCAACACGGCCAAGUGAUCCGUCGUCGUUCAAGCUCUCUAUUGGAAGUUCAGAGUUCAGAGGGCGCCGAAAGCGACUCAGACGACGAUAUGUCAUUAGAUGACCAAAGAACUCUCACACAACCAAGGUCCUCACAACCAAUGUUCUCAACUGGGCCAAAGGAUCCAAGGCAGCGAGUUCCCAACAACAAGCAGCCCAUGUAUGAUCGUCUCAGCAAAGCGUUACUUGAACCCGGAAGCUUGGUCGAUCCGCCAGAGAUCGACGACGGUUGGUUAGUCCAAAAACAUCGAGAUAUCAUUCGAGAUUACAGCGAUGUCCACCCAGAUGAGAAGGAGUAUAUCGCAGAAUGGGACGCCUUCGUGAAUAGGGAAUGCGUGACUUCUGAACCCCACUUGCAGAUUGUUUAUCUCAAAUUCGUUCAGGAAAAGGCGGCAUGGUUAGCUGCUACUCAGAGUCGGAUGACAGAAUUUUCAAAGCAUCUAAGCUACCUGAAGGCACGAAAUUCUCUAGCUGAAUCGACAAUCGCUGAAGCCCUAGCAAUCAUGCGACAGGUAAAACCUCAGAAGCGCCCUGAGCCGACUGAAACGACGAAACCACCAUCUCCGAGAACCGAAUAUCGCAAGUCAGCGUCAGGAUGCGCUGAUUGCGACACACCUCUUUAUCACGUUAAUUGCAUCCAACACGACGCAAAGGUUCCAGUAAAAAACCGCAACUGGCGCUGCAAUGGUUGCUGUGGGGAUUAA